UCUAUCUCACACGAGUGUUCAUGACGCUGUGGCUGAGACGGACGCCGCUGCUGGCACCUUCUCCAGGAUUUUCCCUGACAAAAUGGCAGUGGAAAAGCGCUUGGCAUAUUCUAUUGUGCAGUUCCUCAGAGAUCAGACACACAGUGGCUCGCUGAAUUCAGGUGAACAGGAGAGCCUGGAAGUUGCUAUACAGUGUCUGGAGACCACAUUCAAGUUCAGCUCGAGUGACUUCCAUCUUGACGGCCCCCAGCCACUGAGAGAGAUAUUCCUCAAUUCCCUUCUCAAAAAUGAUAUUGUUACAUUACCUGAAUCACCUCCAUCCCCAGAGGACAUUGAGAGAGCUGAACAGCUUAAAAAUGAAGGAAAUAACCACAUGAAAGAAGAGAAUUAUAGCAGUGCUGUGGACUGUUAUACAAAAGCUAUUGAGUUGGACCAAAGAAAUGCUGUUUAUUACUGUAACAGGGCUGCAGCACACAGCAAAAUUGGAAACUACACAGAGGCGACAGUCGAUUGCGAACGAGCGAUUGCAAUUGAUUCCUCAUACAGUAAAGCUUAUGGCAGAAUGGGAUUGGCACUUACUUCUAUGAGCAAGUAUCCAGAGGCGAUAUCUUAUUUUAAAAAAGCACUGGUGUUAGAUCCUGAAAACGACACCUACAAAUCAAACCUGAAGAUUGCGGAGCAAAAACAAAAAGAAGCAUCCAGCCCUACGGCCGCAGGACUGGGGUUUGACAUGGCCAGCCUCAUUAAUAACCCUGCUUUCAUUAGCAUGGCUGCAAGCGUGAUGCAAAACCAGCAAGUGCAACAACUCAUGUCAGGCAUGAUGUCAAAUGCAGUUGGGGGGCCUGCAGCUGGAGUUGGCGGAUUAUCUGACAUAUCCAGUCUCAUUGAAGCCGGGCAGCAGUUUGCUCAGCAGAUCCAGCAACAGAACCCAGAGCUGAUCGAGCAGCUGAGGAAUCACAUCCGGAGUCGCUCAUUCAGCGGCAGUGCGGAAGAACACUCCUGAUCCCAGCAAGUUUUAUUAGGGUCAAGAAGCAAGGGAUGGCUGGCAGAAGGGAAGAGUUGUGAGUGUAAUCAUUACAGUCUUCAGUUCAGCAGAAUCCGAGAUGGGCAAUGUGGCACUUUAUAUAGAUGCAUCAGGGAGGAAAAGGAAAAACACAUUAACAAUCAGCUUAUACCGAGACAAUUAUCUUAACACCUGACUGAGGCUUCUUUGUGUUUGUCUGUGUAGAUGUUUCAGUAAACUGUUCUUUUAUAAAUGUAGCUGGCAGUAGCUAUGUUUCCAUCCAAGUUGCAGAUUUAAUUUAUGCGAAAAAAACAUAUUAUCGCAAAAACAAUGUGCGUGUUCAAAAGGAUGAAAUUGUUACUUCCGGAGAAAUUGUAGCCACUAUGAGUGUUUUAUAAAUAAAAUACUGGCGGUUUAGAGCACGCAGACAAAACACAGUAAAGAACUUUGUCUCAUGUUUGGGAGCGUCAUCACGUCACACACUUCUGGGAGCACUAUAUAUGUGUGUACAUUCAUCCUUAUGACUAUACUGUGCGGAUCUAUAAGAUAUUUUUCAAAAGUGUCAAUAAACCUUCUGUUCCACAGUUCAAGUUUGCUUUUAACUUUGUAGGCUUUGGAUUUUAUAGACACCGUUAUUUCAGGAUGACCAGAGCAACAUUUCAGAUGCAAUGAUUGGUCCGCUGGUUAGUCCAAUUAUGAAUGAAUUAUUCAGUCACAUGAACUUUUUGAUACACUUCUUUUAUUCCAAAUUGAAUAGGAGUUUAUUCAGUAAAUGUGUUUCCAUCAUAGUUUAUGUGCAUUUCUUCCUAUCGAAUUUAAAAAAUGUAUCCACCUCAAGCGAGCGUUUAAAUGUAUGCGCAUUUUGGAGAUUUAUUCACAUAUUGGUGUUUCCAUCCAGCAGUUUUUAUGUGAUAUCCCAAAAUUCACAUAAAAAAAAACGUUGAUGGAAACAUAGCUAGUGACACAUCAGAGCUGAGUUUACUUAAUAAAAGACCAGUCAUAAUGUUGUGCCUAUUAACCUUAGAAGUGGGGCCAUGGUCAUUGAUAUCCAAGGAGAUGUAAAGGGAUAGUUCACCCAAUAAAUAAAAUACUGUCAUCAUUUACUCCCACUGUUGUUCCUAAUCUGUAUGAAUUUUUCUUCCGUGGAACACAAAAGGAGAACGACAUUAGGGUGAAUAAAUGAUGAGGUAAACUAUCUUUUUAACACAUUAUCUGGUUUUCUUACUACAUAUUCUGUUCGUUUUAGGAACAAGAAACAUCUAUGUGCAAUAAAUAUUCACUAUAUCGGCUGCUUCACCAAUCCUGUUUGUUUAGUUUAUUUAUCAGUAAUGACUAUUAAAUAAUGUUGCUGUAAUAAGCAUAUUCAUAAUCUCAGCAUUUGCAGUUUUCUUUUGCAUGCUCCAUAGUCUGAUAUUUGCAGUCAGAAAAAUGAUGCUUGUAAAUCACAGAGCAGUAUAAUGUUUUGUCAUAAAAAAUGUCAAUAAAGGUGUCUUGAAAUUA